GGAAGCUGCUGUCAAAAUGCGAACACUCAGAUACAUGAGUUUUUAAACAAUAAGAAAUAUAUUUCACCGCAUUUGUUACCUAUUUUACUAUUCUUGUUAACUCUGGAGGAAGCUGUUGCUUUACUCGAGCUGUAUUUAGUUGUGAUGAUUAUUUCCUUCUCUUGGGCUGUUUAUUUUAUCUGCGUCUCGAGACCAGCCAUGGGAAAAAACUACAGAAUCAACUGAAGCACAGACAACAGAUGAAAAGUGUUAUGGCAAUACCGUCUUACUGAGGUGAGGCUCCGAAGAGGGAAAUAAUGGAUUUUUCGAAAUUCUUGGAUGAUGACUUCGAUGUGAAGGACUGGGUGAAUGGGGCCUUCAAAAUGGUUCAAAAAGAUGCCCCAGGGAAGGCGGACGGCCACGCAGCUACGCUGGUCAUGAAGCUCCAGCUCUUCAUACAGGAAGUGAACAAUGCCAUAGAAGAGAGCAGUAACCAGGCGCUUCAGAAUAUGCCCAGGGUGCUGCGUGAUGUGGAGGCUCUGAAGCAGGAGGCCUCAUUCCUGAAAGAGCAGAUGAUUCUGGUCAAGGAGGAUAUCAAGAAAUUUGAACAGGAUACAGUCCAAUCCAUGCAGGUCUUGGUGGAGAUCGAUCAGGUGAAGUCUCGCAUGCAGCUGGCCGCCGAGGCCCUUCAGGAAGCGGACAAAUGGAGCACUCUGAGUGCGGACAUCGAGGAGACAUUCAAGACACAGGACUUGGCUGUGAUCUCCUCCAAGCUCACCAGCAUGCAGAGCAGCCUGGCUAUGCUGGUGGACACUCCUGACUACUCAGAGAAGUGUGUACACCUAGAGGCUCUGAAGAACAGGCUGGAGGCCCUCGCCAGCCCCCAGAUCGUGGCCACAUUUAAUUCACAGUCAAUGGACCAAGCCAAGCUCUUUGUGAAAGUGUUUACAGAGAUUGACAGGAUGCCUCAGCUCCUUGCCUAUUACUACAAGUGCCAUAAGGGUCAGCUGGUCAGCGUUUGGCAGGACCUGUGUCAGAGUGAGCUGAGUCUCAGCAAGCAGCUGGCUGAGUUCUACGAUACGCUACUAUCUACCUGGCACUCACAGCUGCAGUGGAGCAGUCAGGUGUUUAAGAACCCCUAUGAGGUGGUUACGGUGCUGCUGAUCCAGACCCUGGGUGCCAUGGUGCCGUCUAUCCCAGUAUGCCUCAGCACAGCCAUGGAGCGUGCUCCCCAGGAGGAAAAGCUGGAGACCCUGCUGGAACUCUACCAGACUGCAGCCAACUUUGGGAAGAACCUGGAGGCUGCCAUGCUGCCCCACCUGGCUGAGAGCAACCUGCUGAAAGUGGGCGAGUUGGUUACUGCCUUGUAUGACCCGUACAAACCUUACCAGCUGCAGUACGGAGAGCUGGAGGAAUCCAACCUCCUUAUAACGAUCAGUGCUGUGCCCCUGGAACGUGGGGAGGUGAUAGACUGCGUGCAGGAGCUCAGCCACUCUGUCAAUAAGCUCUUCAGCCUGGCCAGCACAGCUGUGGACCGCUGUGUCAGGCUGACCGAUGGCCUGGCUGUGUGUGGGCUGCUGAAAGCUCUCAAAGCGCUAUUCACCAAGUACGUGUCAGAUUUCUCUGUUACUCUGCAGUCCAUCCGGAAGAAAUGCAAGCUGGAGGACACACCCAGUGCCUCUGCCUUUCAGGAAGAUUGGACCCCCUUUCAGAACUCUGUCAGAAUUAUUGCUACGUGUGGUGAGCUGCUGAGACAGUGUGGAGCGUAUGAGCAGCAGCUGUCAAACAGGAUCCUGGCCACGGCAGGGAAGUACCUGUCAGAGUCCUACAGCCCCCGCAGCUUGACUGGCAUACAGGAGACCAGCGCUGCGGACAGAAAGGCCUCCACCAAGAACCCAUGGCAAGAGUACAACUACCUGCUGAAGGGUGACACGGCUGAGUACGCCAGCCUAAUGGAGAUGCUGUACAACCUGAAAGAGAAGGGCACAGGUAACUCCAAUCUGCUGGCCGAGCCCCGCGCAGCCCUGACUCGCCUCAAUCAGCAGGCCAACCAACUGGCCUUCGACUCUGUCUUCUUGCAGAUCAAGCAUCAGCUCUGCCUGGUCUCUAAGAUCGAGAGCAGGAGCUCCAGUGGCAUGGGUGAGACACUCACAGAGGACCUGCCCACCUUCAGCCUGUCCCCACUAGAAUACAUUACCAAUAUUGGACAGUACAUUAUGUCUCUGCCUCUGCACCUGGAGCCCUUUGUAACACAGGAAGACCCUGCACUGGAGCUUGCACUGCAUGCUGGGAAAUUGCCCUUCCCUCCUGAGCAAGGUGAUGACCUGCCGGAGCUGGACAAUGCUGCAGACUAUUGGCUGGGCUCAAUCGCUAGGGCAACAAUGCAGACUUACUGUGAUGCCAUUCUGUUAAUACCUGAGCUCACCCCACACUCCACCAAGCAGCUGGCCACAGAUAUAGACUACCUGAGCAACGUGAUGGAUGCGCUGGGUCUCCAGCCAUCCCGGACACUGCAGCAGAUAGUCACCCUUCUGAAGGCCAAGCCUGAGGAGUACAGACAGACCGCCAAACCACUGUCCCGCAGACUUGCUGCCACAAUUGCUGCCAUGAGGAAUCUUGAUUACUGAAGGGGUGGGCGAUGACGAGACGGAACCUACCCAGAAGUCAGGCUGCCUAUUGCAGGCAGGGAGGGGUCACAAGGAGCUGAGAAACAGUGGGUGUUACUCGGUCGAACGUGUGAAGAUGUUGCUGACUCACUGACUUGCAUUUCUCAGACUUUAUAGGCAAGCUUAUGAAUGUCGAUCACAGUAGCUUGUGUGGGAAAAUCACCCUGUGCCCAAGCUCACUCGCAGCACAUGGUUUAAAAAGGGCAGCUGUUUUGGCUGCCUGCUGACGUUAAUUGACGGGUAGGGUCAGGGGCACUGGGACAAAUCAUGUGAGUUACAUUUUAAGAGGCAGAGGCCCUCUACUUUCACAGCAAAAAUAUCUCACUUUUUUGUACUGGAUGUGCAAAAAUGUUGUGUUUUAUCUAUAGCUUUUCAACACUGUAUAGCUACCCAGCUUUAGGUAUUAAGCACUGUGUAUGUGCCUAGCUGUGUGACAGUCUGAACAUUCUUGCCAUCUAACACUGAGUUUCUUUUUGUCAUUUAUUUUAAUUAAGUGGGUUUCUUAUGUGUUGUGUCAUUGUGUUAAGUAACUGAGCAAUGUAAAGUAGCCUCUAUGAUUUGAUUUAAACAAUUGUAAUAGUGAUAAUAUGGGGGCUUAAUAACAUUGAUUUGGUGGCUUCUGCUUUAUCCAGGUACAUCCUGAUUUUAAAUAAAUGGUACACUACCUUCUCUGCGUUA